AUGGAGGCUACUUUGCUGUCUUGUCCUAGAUUACCCCAUAGGCCAUUUGUAAAGAAACCCUCUUACAACCUAAGACAUGGGAUCAUAACAAAAGUUGUAGUUGCUACAAAAAAAGAUGAUAAUGAGGGAAAAUCAUCAUCACCUGUUGAUGAAAAUAUGUCUGUUCUAAGACUGCACAUCAAGAAAAUGAAGGUGUUAGAGAGCAGUAGAACUAGCCAAAACCCUUCUUCUGAUUGGAUGGAAUGGGAGAAGAGGAUUUUUACGCGUUAUCACCAGGACGUUUGUGAAGCCAUGGCCUUGUUGCAAACGUAUCUGAUGAAUACGAGGCCGAGCGUGGCAUUAGGAGUGCUCGCGUUAGUCGCGAUGAGCGUUUCAUUAUCGAGUUCAACCGCCUUGGUUAAUGUCUUGAAGAUAGCAAAAGGAUUGUUGGAAGGCUGUCAUGUAUGUAUUGAUAUUGAUUUUUAG